AUGUUCGGAGACUUCCCCGUCAAAGACAAGAUCGUCGUGGUCACCGGCGGGGGAUCUGGCAUUGGUCUAGCCGCCGCUCAGCUCGCCACCUCCAAAGGCGCCAAGACCAUCAUCGCGGACCUCAAACUCACCCCUGCAGCUGAAACCUUCGUGAAUAGCACACCCACCGCCUCAAUCCUCUUCCAACCCUGCGACGUCCGCAACUGGGCCGACCUCCAAGCUCUGAUCCGUGUCUCCCUGGACCAAUGGGGCGAUGUGCCCGACGUGUAUAUCGCCGCCGCGGGCGUUUUUGAUCCAGAAUGGUCCAACUUCUGGGACGACACAGAAGAGAACAGCUACGCCGCAAUGGAGAUCAACGCCAACCAUCCCAUCAAGCUGACUCGUAUCGCCAUGCGCGAGUUGCUGCGCGCCAACAAAAAGGGCGUCGUGUGCUGCGUCUCGUCCCUGGCGGGGAUCGCGGCGGCGCCGGCGGCGCCCUUGUAUACGGCGGCUAAGCAUGCGGUCUGGGGGUUCGUCAAGGCCAUGGCACCGUAUGAGGCGAUGGAGGGAGUCAAGGUUACGGCUGUUUGUCCUGCAGCCGUGCGAACGCCGCUGUUCACGGACCGCCCGGCGGCGAUGGAACAGUACUCCCUCAUGGAGAAGGCGCUGCUCGAUCCCGCCGAUGUCGCAGAGUGUAUGGUCCAGUUGAUCGAAGCGGGGGAGUACGGAGGGGGCGCGGUGGUGGAGAUAUGGGCGCGCGGGCCCGAGGGUCGGCGCGUGGUGCCGGAGUGGAACAUCGCGCCCAGUCCGUACUUCGCGGCGCAUACGCCAGAAGUGGUGGAGAAGAUCUUUGCGCCGGUGAAAGAGAAAUUGGCGAGGGAGAGAGGGGGUGGGCAUUAG